AUGCCUGGCCAACGAUCUUCAUCUGGCGCACCAGCCGCAGCUUCGGGUAACAAUACAUCUUCUACAUCAGCAGCUGACUCCCAAGUAGAGCCAACCCCAGACGCCACGCCCCUGGAAGCAUCUUCCAUCUUCAACCCCAGUGAGGCUUACACUGAGAUCAUUGAAUGGGGAUCAUAUCCACAUGCCAUAGAGCUUCAUGACGAUCCCAUCGAUGAUGAUAUCUUACUCCCACCAGAAUGUCGCUCUCCAUCCCCGCCCUCUCCAACUCAGCCCUCACCAGCAUUCACCUUCGCAGUCCUCGACUCUCCUUCUCCUCCUACCCCUUCUUCCCCGAUCACCAGUGCCCGCCAGUUCACCUACCCAGUGUUCAUCUACAUGCCCAUCGAAGAAAGACUCCAAAGACGCGAAGAAUGCUUCUUACACCUCCAACAGUUCCGUCAAGGCCUCGUCAAAGACCCCUUCGGCGAAUGGGCCGACCUUGCCAACGACUUAUACGGCGGCAACAUGCCUCCCGAGUUCUACCUCACCUCCGCCCCCUUCGACCUCCACUCCCUGCGCGGCCGCGUCCGCCUGCGCUACAUCCGCACCGCUUUCUGCAUGCCCAUCGACUCCACCAGCUAUGAGAUUGAAUCCUUCCUUAGCCGCAACCCGUCUCUCGUCCGGUACCUCCUUUACAACACCGUGCCUGACCCAGAUCAUGCUUACCUUUACCAGAAAUAUGUGAAUAAUCCCGCAAGUCGGCAACAUAACUGGCAUAUCUUGUGUGCCAUCAAGCAGCUGAACUGGAUAGAUGAGACGGUCGACUGGAUGGCAGAAGCGGCCAGGUCGGAAGAUGAGGGAGCUUUAUCUGAAUUGCACAAGGUGAGAGAAACCGAGAUACUGCCUACGGUGUGGAAGAAGAUGCAGGAGAUGGAGGAGAGCAAGGAGAAGUGGAAGGAGAUGCCAAUGGAGAAGUUACACGUGCGGGCUGUCCAAAAGAUGCGAAAGAAUCGUCCAAAUAGCCUGCUUAGAAACGUCGUGACGUCUCAAGAUGUCAUGAAGAGUCGCUGUAGGUUUAUGUAG